CUAUUGACUAAGUCCGCGGCCUUAGCGUCCUUGGUUACCCGUCGCCAUGCUGUUCGAGCGUCUCCGUGAAUUAGACCUUACCUGGAUCAAGCCUCUAUAGCUACCGUUGUGUCGCUAACACCUGACAAACAGGGGAAAUUACACGUAAAGACAGCCAGAAUGAGCCAGUCUGAAGUGUUUAGACCAACUAACGGAGACUUAAUUGCGCGCCCAGGGCCCGUCGACGAAGGUUUCAUGGCGUCCGUCGACAGUUUUAGAAAGCUCGGAAGCCGUCCUUCUACCAAUGGAGGGUACAGAUUUGGACAGCUCAGUCAAAACUCGUUCUUCACACGUCAUAAUCCCCAUCCUAACAGAGUUCGACAUAUCAAAGGUCUCCUAGAUGUGCCUAUUUGUGCCGUGAACGACAACGGCUACUUCUCUAGUCCAAAGUACUCCCUACAAUUCCCUCCAAAUGCCUUCAACAACAAUAAGAUGAGCAAACAUGGCAAGGUUCCUGUAAACGCCAUCAACGUCAACUCCCAGCUCCACCCUAUAAACACAGUGACUGGUCUGCAGUACUUUACCGGUCUACAGAGUUAUCCCUGGAGGGAAAAAGCCAUCCCUAAAGUCGGCAUGGUUCCUGUUACGGAGGCAUGGAGAGAUGAGCUCCAGCAGCUGACACGAAUCCUGAUGGGGGAAGACCAACAGAAACCCCAGGCACCCGUGGCCCCGAGGGAACCCGAACGGCCCAGGACACUAUACUCUGCAGAAACUGGUCGACUUAUACCUCCCCCUUCCCGUGCUAUGUCGCGCGGGGCUUCCCGACGUGCAUCUCGACAGGGUGCGCGUGAACCUUUGUUACGACACAUAGCAGCUGAACCAGAUAUGGAAAGCAUGGUAUUGUCCAUGCUGUGUCAAAUCCUCCAAACUGAGGACAUCAAUGCUGUCCAGGCUUGGCUGUGCUCGGCGGGAGAGCGUGAAAAGACGAUGGUGAUGGACAUGAUCAAAGCAGCUAUGGGAUCUCGUGAAACUUAUUACAAACAUGAUUUCAACCCGGAGUUCUCGGAGGAGCAAAGAACCAUCCUUCCUCCUAUCGGCGAGGGUCAGAAACAGACGAUGCCAGGUGAUAUGGAAAAGACAAUAGACAGGCUCAUUCUGGAAGAUCAUGGAGUCCCAGGGGAGCCCCAGAUGGAAUCCUUUAUCCCAAAGGCCCCGCCUAAACCCGUUAUUGCUGACCAAGACGAACUUUCAACCAAUAUCCGGCCCCCUGUAAGCGAAGCAUUCAAGAAACAAUUCACACGCCCGCCGACCAACGCUGGCAGACGAACUCCUAACAAAACUGAGGCUCCAGCUGCCCCGGCCACCUCCUUCCGGUUUACCACAUCCGCGCAAGGCAAAAGGGAGAAUGCUGCAUGCGCAGCUGACCAAUCAAAACUGGAAGCGCCAGCGGAACAGCGAGUGGAGGUGACAAGCCCUAAUACAUUUUAAUGUAAAAAAGGAACUAGAGACAAUCUGACUAUUUUAUACAAUUACGACUGGAAUCUAGGAGGGGAAAUGAACACUUUGUCACUACUUGAUUUUUGUUUAUUUACGUAUUACAGUUCGCACACGAUUGAUCAGGACUCGCUUUGGCUGGUGCACCAGAGGCAAAGUUAUUGUUAUAUUUUCGUUCGUGAUAUAACCAUGCCUCGAACAGGACAAUUUUCAAAAUGAAUCAAUCGUUUCCAACAUCUGUAUUCUUUUAAUGGGGUAUGUACAUUUAGAACCAAUCAUACAAUUAAAUAAAUGUAUGCAUGGUGAUAAAACCAGGUUGGUUAUGGCUGUGGGUCAUUUCUUUACUAAGGACCAUUUAUUUCUUGUGCAACAUAAAUUUGAUGUAAAAUAUUGAUUAUUAAGAGUGAUUCCAGUUCGUUACCUAUUGAAUAUUUAUAGAACAAGAUUUUUUUUCAAUGACCGGUAGUUUUUCUCACAUUUUCGGAAUGUGAUGCGUACAUAGAGAUGAAGUACUACCGGACUAUGAAAUGAACAUUUCGGCCGAGGAAUUCUUCGUACAGGUGCAUAAGCUAGUAUCUUAACGUCGACAUAACCAACUUUUGUAUUGGAAAUGCACCCGCUUAUAACCACAUUGACACAAACUUGUAGAUGUUCUAUUCCCUUUAAAAUGUUUUUCGAUGUUUUUGUAUAUCUUUAUGUGUCUCUUUGUGAUGAAAACUUAUUUAAUAUCAUUUGUAACACAACUUAUCAUGUUUUUUUUAAUAUAUACUACUCGUUCUGUGUGACCAUAUGUAAGAUAACAUACUCGUUAUGGAAGGGAGAUAACCUCUGGAAUUGAAGGUAAACUCUCACAUAAUCGCCGUCCAAGAAAUCUGUGAUAUAUUUUGUAUAUAAGUAUAUAUAUUAAUAUUUAAAUACUGUAAUAAGUUAUCGUUGCGCCUUUACAACAGUAUUACAUAGUUACGUCUAGGAUUUGUGUUGUUAUUGUAUAUAGUGUGUGUGUAUAUACACAUCUGAGACAAGAGGCUGUGUGAAUGAGAAUGCUCAAGGGAAAUCUUUUAAUUUUAAUACUUGCUCAACUGUUCUAUACCCGUGACAUUAAACGCUGCAGUGUUGUAUCAUCACAAAAA